GUCCUUGGCUUCCGCUGACGACAGGGGUCUGAAGCCGGAAGCUGACUGACGGAUCUCGGGGCAGCGGCAAGUGACGGGCGGGAGCACAGAAGACCGACUACCUCCUCUCUUGCUGCCGGCGGUGGGGAUCAAAUGUCACAAUCUCGCCCCAUGGUGUGAAACCCCAACAAGGAGAUGUCCUCCACAUGCUGAAGUUCUACUGUGGUACAGUAGUUGUGCCUUCACCCAAAUCCUGCAGUGUACUUUGAUUUUUUUGGAGUGUACUUACAAACAGUCCUUGAUCACCACUAAAACCAACAGUGUUCUUCACCCUUCGGAGUGGACUUCAGAACAGCCCUACAUUUUCACCCAAGCUUAUGGUGUUAUACGAUCCUUUGGACUAGACUUGGGAAUACUUCAUUAGGUCUACAUCUUCUGCAGCUGUCCUCUGACAGAGAUUUUCACAUUGAUUAUUGAAAAGUAGACUUUUAAAACAUUGAAGACAUCUAUACCAGGCUGGCAUCAUGUCUAAUAAAAAGUGAACAAAUAGUUCAAAGCCAGGAAUAAUGUUCUACUUUCACCACCAACCAAAGAAAGGAAAAACUGACAUUCCACUUCAAACACAGAACUUAGCACUGGACAAUGAAAUAGUAACUAUUGACAGUGAAAAAGUUGUUGCUGAGACAUCAGCUGAAUCACACGAUAACUCUACAGAUGAAAAGCAAUAUCCAGCUGUGUGGUCAAAAGAACAAUUUGACGAAUUCAAAAAGAAACAUGAGUGGCUAUUUGCGUCUAGGGGAAAACUCGGCUGUACAAUCUGUGCAGAAGUUUCUAACUUAAAAAUUCACGCUGCUCGAGGCAUAAAUAUUGCUUCUCUGUGGGCAGAAUGUAACAUUUUACCUUUUGGUAAAACUAAGGAAACAGAGCUCACAUCUCUUCGCAAAAAAAUUUAUAUACACAAAAAUAGCGCUGCUCAUGCAGAAGCAGAAAAAAUUCUAGAAACUGCUAGAAAAGAUAUUCUGCUAAACAUAAAUGGAAGAAGUCAAGAAGCUGCUUUUGAAAUCACUAGCCGUGUAUUCAGAACAGCUUACUACAUUGCUAAAAUGAAUAGGCCAUUUACUGACCAUGAGAGCUUGAUUGACCUGCAAAAAGUGAAUGGAGUUUAGAUUGGGCGUUUGCUUCAUAGUAGAAUGGUCUGCGGAGAUAUUAUAGAACACAUUUCGGCUGAAAUGAGGAAAAAGAUUGUCUCACAAAUUAUAACAAAAAAAACUAAGAUCACUAUAUUAGUUGAUGAAGCUACUACACUUUCUAGAAAAUCAACUCUUGUUAUUUUUUUAAAAUCCAGUGUUGAUGGUGGCAUGAAUCCAGUAGCAUUUCCUUUGGAUUUGAUAGAGUUAGAAAAUGCCUCAGCUGAGAGCAUAAAACAGGAAAUAAUGAAAUGUUUAUUCCAUCAUGGUUUUACUUUCGAAGUAUUGACAGAGAUCUUUGUCAGUUUUUGUAGUGAUGGCGCAAAUGUCAUGCUUGGCGUAAAAGCUGGCGUUGGAAAACUCUUACAAGGAGACUUUCCCAAACUAAUUCUCUGGCAUUGCAUGAAUCACAGGCUUGAACUGGCUGUGGAUCAAGCACUAGAUGUUACUGGAGGUACAAAUGACUUCAGGUCAUUUUUAGACACCUUAUACACACUUUACAGUCAGUCACCAAAAAAUGUACGUGAGCUUAGUGCACAGGCUAAUGAGCUGCAUGUCUUGCUUAAAAAAAUUGGCAGAGUUUUCAACGUAAGAUGGGUAGCUUCAUCGUGGAGAGCAGUGAAUGCAGUCUGGCAGACGUAUCCUGCAUUAGCUGCACAUUUUCAAAAAGCCUCACAAGACCAAUCAAGGGAUAGAAGGGAGCAAGUGAAAUUCCAAGGUCUACAUUCAAAACUGUGCUCAGUCAACUUUGUAAAAAAUAUGUCAAUUAUGUUAGAUGUUCUGACUGAGCUCAAAAAUUUAUCAGAACUCUUACAAGACAGAAAAAUGACCAUUCCAAAGGCUGACAACCACAUAAAAAUGUAUGUGCGGAGAAUUGAAAGCCUAAAGAGAAUACCAGGAUUUCACAGUGAACAGACACAGAAUGCAGAAGAGGGAAUUAUGUUCAAAAAUACAAAGUUGACAGGCAUUGGGAAAAGUCCCAAGAUCAAAUCCUCUCAAUUCAUUCAGGCUGUUGUUGACAACAUGAGGUGCAAAUUAUUUACCACCACUGCUAAUAAAGCAACAGAAAGCGUAGCAAAAGGUAGGUAAACUGCUUACCACACCCUGAUUGACAGCAUAUCUGUUCUGAAUCCUAAAUCUUGGCAAACUGAUUCUAAUAAUCCACUUUUUGGAGACCAAGAGAUUCGUACACUAUGUGAAAUGCUGAAUGUCAGUUACCAUGAAACACACCUGGGAUUUGUGGAAUAUAAAUGCUGCGCAGGACGGAUUGUUCCCGAAAAAUUAAAGAAAUUAAUUCUUGCAGUAGAUACUCUUGCAGCAAGCAAUGCUGACUGUGAGCGAGGCUUUAGUGUUAUGAACAACAUAAUUACAGAUAAGCGGACUGCACUGACCACUCGACAUGUGUCGGACUUACUUUUUAUUUCAAUUGUUGGUCCUCCCUUCACUGAGUGGAAUCCGGACGCAUAUGUAAAAUCGUGGCUGGGCAAGGGACGUCGGGCAGCCCAAUCCUGUAAAGGCAUGGCAAGACAGGAGCAAGCAAGGCAACAGGAUCAGGCCUACUAUAAGCAGCUGUGGAAGUGCCUUUAAAUUUUAAGUUCUGUGCUAGCUUGAUAAUCUGCUCCAGGAAAUGGGAGGGAGUUAUAGUUGGUGAGAGGAUGAUGGGGGUUCCAGGAGCUGUUCUUGCUGGAGUUGGCCUUCUUUCUCUUAAAUAGUUAGUGGGAUGUUGCAUGAGUGCUCACCGUUAUACCUAUAUGUUGUAAUGUGCAGUAACAGUCUGUUUAUUGGGUCCCAAUGACCUAGAAUAUGUAUCGACUACAAUAUAUUGAAGUGUUGUAAGAUAAUAUAUCAGGUAGAUUCUAUGGGCAGAGCCAGACUUAGGCAUUAUAGGAAAAUGGCUAGGGCAUCUGGAAUGCCUAGGGGGAGCAAGGUGCAAAGGAGAUGGAAGGUGGAAGGGAAGUGCAGUUGUGGGAGAUGGAAGGCAGGUGUGGGAGAUGGAAGGUGGAAGUGAAGUACAGA